CGCACCUAUGACUCCAAGCUCGUCUCUCGCGAGAUGCACCGUCUCGGCAACUUCGCCCACCUCCCCUCUGCACUUGCCCCCUCCCUCUCCACCGGCCCGUCUUCCUCUUCCUUGAGCCUCGCCAAUUCCAGCGCCCCUGCCCCGUCGAUCUUAUCCACGUCUUCCACCGAAAAUCCCUGGGGAACACUGCAUGUCCUCGUGCUGCCCCUCUUCAACGGCGAACCACUUCGAAUACCCAUUGAGGACCUGAAUACCCUCGUCAAGCGCCACAUAGCCAGCAUCGUCUCCAAUUCUCCUCCGAAAGCGAUCGCCACUCUCGAGGCGGAGGCGUCAGAGCUCAUCGGCUCCGGUAUGGACACGCUCAACGGGAAACUCGCAGGCAUCGAGGACGACAAACUCGUUGGGCGCGUCGUGGAACUUUGGGGGUUCUUCUGGGAUCAAGUCUUACCAUACGUCGAAGGCGUCCUUUUACCCCUUCAGACCGACCCUAUUCUUUCCUCCUUGUACCGCACACCCAAAACCCACCGCAAUUCUUCGCCGACGCGUCAGAACGGCAAGGGUUCGAUGUCAAUGCCGUCGCAUCUACUUCCAUCCACAGCACAGAUCGACGUGCGCACGGUCGCGCUGCGGUCUUUCCGCGAUAAAAUCAUUCUCCCCAUCUACACCCGUCUGCACGCUCGCCUUAGCUCGCAAAAGCAAGAGAGCUUCUCCGAGGGCCACACCUAUCCUCGCCUGCAGCAGAUGCUCCUUGUCCUAGUCUCGCAAGGCCGACGCCAAAUGACCUCGCUCUCUCUCACCGAGCCCGCCUCGCAGCCGCCCGCCGGUGAAGCCGCCGUGACGCAUCUGCUCCGCCUCGUGCGCUCGACGACCUCAGGUACGCGCAUCGGCAGCGCGCACACAAACCCGCACCAGGCGCGCACCCUCUCCUUCCUCUCGAGUAACAUCCCGCGCGACCGCCGUGGGCGCAUCGCGCACCGCCCGAACCCGCUCCGCGCGGACGUGUCGGAGGAAGACGAGGAUGAGGACGACAUUGACGAGGACGAGGACGGCGCGGAGACCCCGCGGCUUGGGUUCGCGUCCGCGCGGGAGCGCUACCGUGGACGCGAGUUCCUGGAGGCGCUGCGGAGCCCCGACCGGCCGGGUGUGCGGCAGAGUGGAGGGUGGGGGCUCGGCGCGUUCAACGAGGACGGAAAGGAGAAGGCUGACGAGGACGACGAGGACGAGCAGCCCGACUGGGACAACUUGCAGGCGGAUGUGGAGCGCAUGGUCGGGAUGAAGUCGACGACCUCAGGGGGGCCGCCACUCCCUGAGCGGCGGCGGCGAAUGACGUGACGAGGAGGUCGAUUUAUUUCCCUCAUCUUUUUGCUGCAACAACCGUGUACUUCUAGAUUGCAUAUUUAUUUCGCAAAGCACUGUUGGUUUUUUGUC